CCCGCUUCUGCGGGGCCCCGCCUAGUGACGUCACCGCGGCGCCGCCCGGCUUCUGUCUGCGAAGCUCCUCAGGUCCUUCCCCAUCGUCGCCGCCGCCGCCACCGCCAAAAUGUCUGCAGGUUCGAGUGCUGCCACUGGCAGUAACCGAAGACUUCAGCAGACACAAAAUCAAGUAGAUGAGGUGGUGGACAUAAUGAGAGUCAACGUGGAUAAGGUGUUAGAAAGAGACCAGAAGCUCUCUGAGUUAGAUGACCGUGCUGACGCGCUGCAAGCAGGAGCUUCUCAGUUUGAAACAAGUGCUGCCAAGUUGAAGAGGAAAUACUGGUGGAAGAACUGCAAGAUGUGGGCCAUAGGGAUUACCGUUCUGGUGAUCUUCAUCAUCAUCAUCAUCGUGUGGAGCAUCUCUUCUUGAAGAACCAGUGAAACUCAAGCCUUGCUGUUCAGGAAACCUUCAAGACCUUUGACUUUGAACCUGCUAUAUUAUCAAGCUUACCUACUGUUAUUUCUAAGCUGAUUUUUUUUUCUAGUUCAUGUAAAGUUCACUUUCUAGGAAAUGUGCCUUUGUUUUUUAAUAUGCACUUCAAACUAGACGUGUGGGCAGCCCUGCCCACAUUUUGCACAGGGCCUUUACAGAUUUACAUAUGGGCUGAUACAGAGACUUCCCACACUCCAGAGUGCUGUGCUGUAGGCACGGUAUUGUCACUAAUGAAUCACUGUUGAUUCCAGCUAAGUUAGCCGUCCUGGGCUUCUGACAUUUCCUGCAGCUCCACAUUUUAAACCCUUGAGUUAUGAGAUUUCCACGUUGUGCCUUCCAGAACACGAUUGCCUAACACACAUCUGUAACAAUAACAGGCUAGGCCUUGCCUUGAUACUUCCCUGGUUCCCUGUAAGAGAUGUGACCCUUUUUAUAAGCACUACUGACUGUCAUAUUUAAAUUGAGAUGCUGGUGAAGAGUUUUUGGUCUUACAUUAGAUAUGAAUAUGUUUACUUUCUUGUUAUUGUUAUGUAUCACUUCCUAAAAUUUUAUCUUAAUCAGAAGUAAUAACCCUUUUAAAAAGUUUUUAUAGAACUAUGCCCGGACCAAAGUUUCUAUUUUGCCAAAAUGUUAAAAUAUGAAUAAAAUGUCCUUAUGUCUGUCUCUGACAGAUGAAUUCAGAAAAUCGCCAAAUGGGACUCGAAAGAGCCUGUCAAAAGGAAAGUGGUAAUAGUGUGUGUGAACCUCCUGCAUACUGCAGGCGAUGUGGCCCCUCCUAAUGCAGCAGUUUUCACAGGCAGAGGUUUGAGCCAGACUCCUGCCGCCUCAUACUUGUAGACAAAGGGCUUCCCCACCAGACUGCAGGCCAGCAGCUGUGGCCCUCAAUUAAGACAGUCUGUGACCAGCCUCACAGGUGACAGCCCUUUGAGAUUUGUUUCCUGUUUUAUUCAUACUGCGCUUCCUAAAUCUUCUGCACUGCCUGGAUGAGGCAUUGGUCAGGGUGGGUGACUCUUCAGAGGACAGCUAACUAGAGAUUUCUUUCUUCUGCCUCACACUGCACAGGUGCUUGCUUUGGAAAUAGCGAUUGUCACCUGAGAUGGAUUGUGUACAUGAGACUUAACAUCGGGCUACGUGGCCCAAAAGUGGGAGUUCAGGUAUGGGUGAAAUCAGGCAAGGGGAUACAGGGGAGAAACACAGGCUUUACACUCGGUGGCCACUUUUUCCAGAAUGUUCUAGGUGUUGUUCACAUGGUAGUGUGACUUCUGAAGCGCAACAGCUGAGGUGUGCCAGGACACACUCCAUGUCUCUACCUUGUGUUCCCCUGGCAUCACAGAAAUGAUCUGAUGCCGAAGACGCGCCUUGCAAUAUCCAAAGCUGUGAAGCAGCAGCUGUCAGCAUCAGGAUGUAGGCCCAGGGUCUCUGGCCAUGUCUGACUGAAACCUUGGUGCUCUCUCCUUGCUCCAUACUCAGUCCCAUGUAACCCACUGGCUCCUGCAUUAACCCAAGAAUACCUCGCUUGUGUCUGCAUUCAGCUGGCAACUUGCCUGCUAUGAUGACCUGAAUAAAAUGUUGAUAAACAUGA